GUGCAGAAGAAGUGGAAGGUGAAUGCGGAGAUGCUGAGGGAUGAGUGCAAGCAAGCACAGGAGCUGGUAUCUCGGUUCCAAGAAAUUGCCAUCCGCCACGUGCCCAGGGAGUGCAACCAGCUGGCGGAUCUUCUCUCCAAUGAAGCCGUGCCUCUUGCAG